ACCGGCAGCGAACCACCGAAACUCAACUCACAUAGUACUCCGUACUACCAAAGCCCAUCCCUCAUCUCCUCUGAUUCCCAACUUCUACACCUCCCUCCUCCAAUCCUUCAAUGGCGACGGCGGCAGCAUCUCGGCCCAGCGGCCCUGUCCUUCUGAGCCCCUUCCCCAACUACCAAUCCGCCUCGCUCUCCCGCGUCAAGCUCUCCGCCGGUGGCUCGCCGGUCAAGUCCAUCAGCGCCCUGUCUCCCCCCUCCUCCCCCUCGGCCGCCACCAAGAUCCGUCGGUCCUGCAUGUGCUCCCCGACGAACCACCCGGGCUCGUUCCGUUGCAGCCUCCACAAGGAGCGCAAGCAGGAUGCGGUCCCGGCCGUCAGCAGCAAGCAAGCCUCCCCGCCUUCGCCGCCGCCCAUCGGCAGCGGCCGCUCUAGGCGCAUGGUAAACGUGCUGGCGCAGCGCGUCCCCAUGGGGAGCGGGCACUGGGCACGCAGAGCGCUGGCGCCGUCUCCCUCGGUACAGCAGCUUCAGCAGAGGAAGCGCGCGGACCGGUUUCGCGCCGGACCCAGCCGGCUCUCCGGCGUCUCCAUGGCCGGACGCCGCGCAGGCGGCAGCCAGUAAAAAACAACCUCGUCGACAUGUCAUACUAGUACAUACUGCACAAACUGUACAUAGGAAACAAAUUCCCCGAAUAAUUCCGUUCGCUGUAUAGGAAGAUCGGUGGGGAUUAGGCCGGCCCGGAAGAUUAGCUACCCAGUAAAUACUGUACAAAGAGUGAUCGUCUUCCUCCUCCCCUCUGCACAUAGAGUGAGUUCGUCCUCUCCGCUCCAGUUGUACAUCGAGUGAGCUCUCGUCCUCUGCCUCCACUGUGUACAACCCUUGAUUUUGGUUCUGGAUAUACAUCAUGAGCGACAAAUUGGAAACA